AUUUAGUGGAUUAUGAUGGUAAGAGUGCUUCAUGAUGAAUAUGCCUGUGAAAACACCUGUUCCACCCAAAACUAGCUGGAAACCUGGUAGGGUAAAAGUAGUCAGAGCAUUAUACAAAUAUACAGCGCAACAAGCAGAUGAAUUAUCUUUCGAUGAAGGAGAUAUACUUUAUGUUUAUGAAAAAGACGUAGACAGUAAUUGGUGGAAAGCUAAAUGUGGAAGUCGUGAAGGCCUUAUACCUGUUAAUUAUGUCGAAGAACAAAUGCAAGAGAUCUUACUGCCAUUACACGAAGCUGCCAGACGUGGAAAUAUAUCCUUUUUAAAGGAAUAUUUAAAACAAGGGGUAUCAGGAACUGGUUUAGAUGCAGCAGGCAAUACACCAUUAUAUUGGGCUGCAUGUACUGGUCACAUUGAUUGUGUAAAAGAACUCCUUUCUUUACCAAAUUCUGCGAUUAAUGCACAAAAUAAAAUGGGAGAAACCCCAUUACAUAUUGCAGCAAAUCAUGGACAUUUAGAUGUUGUAAAUUUAUUACUUAAAAAUGGUGCUGAUCCAUUCAUAAAAAAUAAUGAUAAUCUUACAGCCAAAGAUUUGUCUUCAAAUAUAGCUAUUAAAAAUGCAUUACAAUUAAACCAAUUACACCAUAAUAUAAAAUGUGGAUAUACAGAUGAUGAUUAUAAUGAUGGAAGCGAUUCGGAAUAAU